UUUCAUUUGUCCUUGGCCUCCUUCCUCUCUUCGAGCAGUCGACAAUGGGGAAAGGCACCGACCGGCUGCUGAGGCAGGCGAAACAGUACGCGGACGUGUACCGUAAGAUCUUCGUCCAGCGGUACGGACAACAGAUAAUCGACAUCCUCGAUCUCCCUAUCCGUAUCGUACUCUCUCCUUUCACGCUCGCUCACGACAUCGCCGGUUCUGCUCCACGCGGCUUCGGUGUUCCCGAGCUCGUCUCCAAUCUCUCUUUCUCUGCAAUCUUUGCUGUUGCUACUCUCGGCACUUAUGAUAUUGCCUUGGAGCUGGGGAAGAAAGUUCUAUGUCAGAGGAAUUGUCAUACCUGUAAUGGGUGGCAAGCGUUGCGAUGCACGAUGUGCAAAGGUACAGGAAAGGUGCACUAUCAAGUGAAAAAUUACACCCUGAAAAGUGGAGAGAAGCCAACAGCUGAGUGCGUUGCAGAAGCCAUUGUUGACAACCGGGCUGAAUUGGUCCACAUUCCUUCUGCUAUAGAUCUUCCUUUACCAUUACCCUCCAAAGAGUGCCCGACAUGCAAUGGAUCUGGUGUGAUGCAUUGUCCCGAAUGUAAACAUCAAUUGCAAGUUAGGAUCUCUGCAGAUGAUAUCAUGGAGCCUCCUUGGAAAGCUUACAAUGUCUUGCAGAAAAUGGACUACCCUUAUGAGAAUAUUGUUCAAAGCAUGAGAGACCCGAACAUUGCUGCCUUUUGGUUAAUUACAAUGCCCCAGAUUCUGGGAGGGUUCGACUACGAUGAUGAUGUGAAGCAGAAAAUUUGGUGGGCAUACAAGGAAUCUAUGCGUUACGAUCAACUUCGAGAUGUGGUAGCCAAACGGAGACCUGGUUGGGAGCACUUACAGGAAGCUCUCAUCUCUAUAGAUCCAGUCCGUGCACGGGAAGAUCCAGUUAUCGUGAAAAACAUCCCAUACUACAAGGCCAAGAAGGCAUUAGAAGCAGAAGUCCUGAAGCUAGAUGUCCCACCACGACCACAGAAUUGGGGUGAAUUGAACCUUCCACUGAGCGCGUCGUCGUGGAACUCCGAGGAGCUCAAAGAUCCAAAGAAAUUGUAUGAGAUGACAGUUCUUCUCAAUGCCCAGAGAGAAAUGGCAGAUAAAAUCUUGGAUACACAGUGGGAAAACAAAUGGCGCCAAGAUAAGUUGAAUGAGCUGUUGGAAGAGAAAGUGCAACCAUACAUCAAGAGCAUAGACAAUGGUGUUCUUCCCCAGCCCAUUAUCAUACAGCCCCAAGAACAAGAUCAAAAGAAAAAGCAAAGGCAACGCAGAUGGUGGUUAUUUUAACGAAGUAAUGGAGGGUUGCAGGUAUCCGAAUGUACUGUUGUAUAUCUUUUGAUAUGUGCGAUGGUUAUUUUUCCCUUCUUUCCUUAAAUGUUCCUUUUGCUAUGGUUAUGUUUCUUUUUUGUGAGCUAGUUUCCUUCUCAAUAACAUUCUAUCAGGAGCUACUGAAGCUCUAUUUGUUGUCUAAAUGCAAAAAUUCAUGAUCUCUCUACUGAUGGAGAAGGAAUUUUCUUUGGAAUUAAGAGAUAGCCCUUCUGAGCUAGUGAUUCGUUGAA